CUUCAUUUUACAGAUAAUUUCAUAAUAUGACGUAAACAAUAACCCAACUUUUUCACUACUUUCUACGAAUGUUACGGUUUUUAUAUAUUAUAAUAAAAUUAGUAAGAUCAAUUAGCACUUAAAAUUUUCUUGUCUCGCCGAAAUUUUCUUUUGACAGUCCAGGGCACUCUACAUUUGGACAAUGGGUAUCAGUAAUAUGACACUGGUGAAAAUUGCCGCUCUAGGUGGGAUUGCGACGGUUACAAUGGGACUUGGCCUGCGGUUCAAGAUCAACAAUAAUAUCAAGAAUUCCGACUUUUGCAAGGAUGCCUUGAAAACAGUGCGAAGUCACAAAGGUGCCAUACAUUUACUGGGAGAACCCAUCAAAGACAGUCAGAUAAAUGUCAGUGAUUCUUCUAUAAACUAUCUGAAAGAAAACUGUGGGAAAUAUGAAAUUCCUCUGAGGGGCAGUAAACAAAGAGGUGUUUUACACAUGUGGAUUACUAGGACUGAUGAUAAAAGUGACUGGGUAGUUCAACGUCUGGAAUUAGGUGUCAGUACAGAACCAAAUAGACGAUUAAUAAUAAAGUCUUAAUAUGUUUAUUUUGUGACAAUGUAAUUGUUUGUUGAAAAUAUAAGUCUUGUUUGAAA